GUAUUUCCCAGCAAGCUUUACGGUUGUAGGUGGAGUUUGCCGCUAGAGGAGUGAUGGCCGUUGGGGCUGGUGACAGGUCUUCCUGAGCAAGAUCUAAUUGGUACAGGAACAAGGACUGAAAAGGAUGCUAAAAAGCAUGACAGAGUGGACAUGAAGGAAAACGGAGAUUUUCACCCAGGAGCAAAAGGGGACAAUAAAAAUUUCACAGAAGAGCAGUUACGGGCUGUACAGCUUAUUAAAAAAUGCAAGAGUUAUUAUGAGAUCCUGGGAGUAUCGAAAGACGCUACUGACGAAGAUUUAAAGAGGGCUUAUCGGAAGUUGGCGCUAAAAUUUCAUCCUGACAAAAACCAUGCCCCUGGUGCUACAGAGGCCUUUAAAGCCAUUGGCAAUGCAUAUGCUAUUCUGAGUAAUCCAGAAAAGAGGAAACGCUAUGAUCAGUUUGGUGAAGAACAGCCAACUUUGAAUAAAGCACAAACCAGCCAUUAUCACUACUACAGGGAUUUUGAAGCAGAUAUUACUCCAGAGGAGUUAUUCAACUUAUUCUUUGGAGGCCGUUUCCCAACAGGAAACAUUCAUGUUUAUACAAAUGGAGGAACAUACACUCAUUUCUACCGUAGGCAUCGGAGACGUCCCCGACCUCCAGAACCACACAGUGAGGAAGAUGAGGAGGAAGAAGAGGUAGAAGAGCAUCAGCAUCCCAGAUCACAGGGUAUAUCUACAGCAUUUAUUCAGCUACUACCAGUUCUGGUUCUGGUCGUUGUAUCCGUUCUGACCCAGCUUAUAGUAAUGGAUCCACCUUACAGCCUUUUCUAUAAGCCGUCCCUUGGUCAUGUUAUUGCUAGAGAAACACAAAACAUGAGGGUGCCUUAUUUUGUUGACCGAAAUUUCGACAAUGAGUAUAAAGGAAGCUCACUACGUGAUCUAGAAAAUACCAUUGAAAAAGAAUAUAUCGACUACAUUCAGACCAGCUGCUGGAAGGAAAAACAGCAAAAGGCAGAUCUGACAAAUUUAGCACGACUCUAUAGGGAUGAGAGACUAAGACAGAAGGCCGAAUCAUUGAAGCUCGAUAGCUGUGAUAAGUUAGCACAUCUUAUUGGACUGCAGCAAGCAGCUGGACACUGACAUUUCUCUGCAAGGAUGGAUUUAGAUGUCCAAACUCGUUUUUUGAGAAUCUUAAUUUAGACUAUUUCAGGACAGUGAAUAGAAGCCAUUACUUAGCCUGACCAACUUCUUACAGGUUUGUAGGAUGAUGCUAACAGACAGUACUCGUAAGGUACUUCCCAUGUCUGUAAGAAAAUCGCUGCCCGUAUUUUGUACACAAGAUCAUGGAUGAAAUAGAAGUCUGCUCCAUGCAUGUGUAAAUUAAUUUUGUACUGUAUUAUAUGUAUGACAUAUUGCUCCCUUCAGCACUGUUAUCCAACAUGUUUGUACACUUGUUAAUAUUUUUUCUGUCUUUGUUAAUGUAAAGACUGGCUUAAUGCUUUCCCCACUGAUUAAUGUGUUUUCUUCUGGCAGUUUUAAGGACAAGCCAAAUGGCCUUUUUUAUUUAUAUAAUAUAUAUUUAUUUAACUAGAGUAAGUUAAGAUAGAACUUUUAUCUGUAUGCAUUUCACUUUAGAUCAAUACAUUUUAAAGUUUU